AUGAUUAUUGAUAACACUCAGGAAUUUAUUACUUUUUGUGAGCGGGCGGAUAGUUUGGUCUUUUAUGGACCGGUUGGUCAAGGUAAGACUUCUUUAUUGGCUAUGUUAGCCCAAGAAUUAAGUGGAGAAAAUAAAUACGCGACUUUUCCUCAGAUUGAUUUUACUUAUCAGCCGAAGCAACUUUUAGGGGUUAAAGAAACUAUUUUUCUGGAUGAAAUUAACCUACUAUUUAAAGGUAAUAUUGUCCACGAAGCCCGAGCCGAAAAAAGAUUUUUAAGCCAUUUUUUUGCUCUCUCACGACACCAAGGGACCAAAAUAAUUUUGAACGGCCAAAGAUUAGGGCAGGUAUGGAUAGAAUUGCGGGAAGUAGCGACAGCGGUUUGCCAGGUGGAGAAAUUGGCCUUAAAGGAAGAGGGACUGUAUGUGCGAGUAGAAAUUUUAAUGGCUACGGCCUGA